AUGACACAAGAGAAACCCGAUUCUUUGCAAGGUCCAGAAAGUGGGGCGGCACCGCAAAGGAUCACACUCCACAAUGGGGUACAAAUAGAGAUACAGCCAUAUCAGGAAGCUCAUGACGAAACCCAUUCGCAACCGGAACCCAAGCAGCACUCAAAUGAUGGCAGAGAAAGCUCACCCCCCGAUGAAACGUUAGAGUCUACAAUAAUGUCAGAGAUACAACGCGGUCAAUAUAUUUGUCUUGUAUGCACGGGGGAGAUCGACAAAGACUCUACAAUUUGGAGUUGUCAAGAAUGUUUUAGAGUCUAUGAUUUAGAUUGCAUCAAAGACUGGGCCAUCAGAGGAUCCUCAACAAACAAGACCAACAAAACUUGGCGAUGUCCAGCCUGUAAUUUUGAAACCAAGGUGCUACCGAAGAAGUUCACAUGUUGGUGUGGCAAACUUCAGAACCCGGGCCAAAAUCCACUAAUGCCGUUUUCGUGCGGCAACUUGUGCAAUUACAAAUACCCUGGAUGUAUUCACAGGUGUUUGAAUACAUGCCAUCCAGGAAAGCAUCCAGUGUGUGGAGCCCUAGGUCCGGUUAUGAAGUGUCAAUGUGGCAAGGAGAAGAAGCAGUUACCUUGCAUAAUCACUCCAUACAGGAAGGGAUGGAAAUGUGAUCACCCGUGCGGCAAAAAGGUUUGCGAUCUCAACCACAAGUGUGCCAAAGGUUGCCAUGGAGGAUCAUGUGGUAAAUGUCAAAAAAAGAUUGAGUACAAGUGUUAUUGUGGUGACACGAAAUUGAAGACAAAAUGUUCAAAGCGCAAGCCCCUUGAAUGUCGAGAUUAUCAGGGUAAAAAGUGGAUUGGAGGUGGCUCUUGUGGGAAAGUCAAGAAGUACUACUACGAUUGCGGAGAACAUUAUGAGACUUUUGCAUGUCAACCACCACCAAAAAUGGACCAUAAAAAAUGCAUAUACUCACCAGACGUUAUUUCAACUUGCUAUUGUGGUGCCACAAGAGUGGACUCAUCAAAUAGGACGAAAUGUACCGAUCCCGUGGAGGAAUGCGAAAACACCUGUGGAAAGUUGUUACCAUGCGGAUGUCAUUGUGAAUUCAAAUGCCAUUCGGGACCAUGUGAAUGUACAUCUAUAUUUGACGUGUCAUGCGAGUGUGGUCAUGAGCAGCUUAGUGCUCCUUGCAAAUUUGUACGACUGGGUGUUAAAAUUAAAUGCCAUCACAAAUGUUCAGUUUUGUUGAGUUGUCGGAAACAUUACCAUCGUGCCGAGUGUUGCGCCUAUGAGCAAACUGCAUUGGAGAGAGAGAGAGCCAAGAGGAAAGCAGUGAGAAACAAUUUGCGCCGUACUUUGCGUGAUGACAUCAUGUCGAUUGAAGCGGUACACAUUUGUACUCAGACAUGCAAUCGGUUGAAAUCAUGUGGGCAACACCAUUGCCAAGCAAUGUGCCAUAGUGGGCCCUGCGAGGUUUGUUUGGAAUCAACAAAUGAAGAUUUGGUUUGCCAUUGCGGCAGGACAGUUAUACCUGCCCCAGUCAGAUGUGGUACUGAAUUAGUUUGCCAUGAACAGUGUACUCGACCAACUACGUGUGGGCACCGUCCUGAACCACACGAGUGUCAUAAUGAUGACGUGGCGUGCCCGAAAUGUACGGUAUUGGUGAAAAAGACAUGUGAUUGUGGCGCAAGACUGGAUCUUCCUGGUAUUAUGUGCUCACAGGAGCGCGUCAGUUGUGGUAAGAUGUGUAUGGCGCCGAAAGAAUGUGGUCAUCCAUGUUUGCGUACUUGUUCUUCCAAGUGCACAAGGGAAGGGGAUCAUGUACAUGCCAAUCAGUGUAUGGUGAAGUGCCAAAAAUUGAGAAAGAACUGUCCGCACCUGUGUAAAUUAAAGUGUCAUUUCGACAAAGUUGGCAAAAGCGGUAAUUGCGAUGCUGUUAAAUGCAAUGAGCCAGUCAAUAUCGAAUGUGAAUGUGGACAUUUAAAGAAAACUGUCGUGUGUGGUGCAUCACUAAACAAUCCAACUGCGAUUGGCACCGUACUAAAUUGUGAUGAGUCUUGUGCGGCUGUGAAAAGAGAUGCUAAAUUGCGUGAAGCUUUCGCAGUUGACGUACCUGAAGAUGAAAAAGUGAUUUACAGCGACUAUGUGCUCAACACAUAUGCCAAGCAAACAAAAUGGUGUACCAGAAUUGAAAACAUUAUUCGAACGUUUCUUGAAGAUUACAACUACCAAAUCAACAAUGGAGUCGAAAAUCCCAAGAAGUCGUACCACUUCCCACCAAUGACCUCACCACAACGUCAAUUUAUUCACGAACUUGCACAAUCGUAUAAACUCUACACCGAGUCACAAGAUCAAGAGCCGAAACGGUCAGUAUUUAUUGUUAUCACGAGAUUAACAUUUGUUCCCGCAUCAACGCUUCAAACUUGCUCAGACUUGGUUCAAAUGAAGCAAAAACAACAGUUGCAAGUGGAAUCCAUGACGCAGCAGGAAAUUGAUGAUGCAUUGUUCAAUGCCAUAAUCAUUCAAGAUACAUUUUUCGGUGUGACAAAAGAAGAUUUACAAAAUGCAUUAGUUAAGUACCAUCAAGUUGGCAACGAGGAAACUGAAGGUGGAAGCUUCACUAUCUCCUGGUUGAAGGAGUCUACAUUUAUCUUGUAUGACACAGCUUGGUUCCAAAAAAUGGAUCGAGAAUUUGAGUCAAUGUUGGAGGAAUUGUGUAACAUGUUCCGCAAGACAUUGAGACAAAAUUCGUUGGCUUUUGAUUGCAAAUUGUGUUUGAUUGAUCCGAGCGUUAGUUUUGUGAUGAAAGUUGAUCGAAGAAAACGUAUUGAUGACGGCGUAUUGGAUGGUGAUGGUGAUGGAAAGAAGAGUGAGAGCAAGAAUAGUUUUGACGUUUUGCAACUGGAUGAAUUGGUGAUUCAUGGGUGA